AUGAACGACAUUUGCUACACCAAAGUGAUGGAGCAAGUCGGCCAGCGCCGAAACCAGAUGCUUAUCUUCGUGCAUUCGCGCAAAGAGACCGUGAAAACGGCCAAGUACAUCAGGGACAAGGCUCUUGAAAAUGAAACGAUUGGUCAGAUCUUGCGCAGUGACGCUGCUAGCCGUGCCAUUCUUGCGGAAGAAGCCGAUUCUGUGGAUGAUGCCGGUCUGAAGGAUGUUAUGCCCUACGGAUUUGGAGUUCAUCAUGCUGGUCUUAGUCUGGCUGAUCGUGACUCCGUCCAAGCACUGUUCGCAGAUGGCAGCAUCCAGGUACUUGUGUGUACAUCGACUCUGGCUUGGGGUGUUAACCUUCCCGCCCACACCGUCAUUAUCAAGGGUACACAAGUCUAUUCGCCCGAGAAGGGCGCUUGGGUCGAGCUGAGCCCUCAGGACGUUCUGCAAAUGCUGGGACGUGCUGGUCGACCCCAAUAUGAUACGUUUGGUGAGGGUAUUAUCAUCACGUCUCAAGCCGAAAUUCAAUAUUAUCUCUCGUUGCUCAAUCAGCAAUUGCCCAUCGAAUCCCAACUGAUGAGCAAGUUGGCAGAUAAUUUGAAUGCUGAAAUUGUUCUUGGCAAUGUCCGUACUCGCGAUGAUGGCGUGGAGUGGCUAGGCUACACGUACCUCUAUGUGCGUAUGCUCCGGUCGCCUGGCUUAUACAGUGUCGGAGCGGACUACCAGGAUGACGAGGCUUUGGAACAAAAGCGCGUUGACCUGAUCCAUUCUGCUGCUGCUGUUCUUGAAAAGGCCGGCCUCGUCAAGUAUGAGAAAAAGACUGGACGUCUCCAAUCGACCGAGCUUGGCCGCAUUUCCUCACACUACUACAUUGGUCACAACUCGAUGUUGACCUACUCCCAACACCUUCAACCCUCCAUCACAACCAUCGAGCUGUUCCGCAUCUUUGCUCUCAGUGACGAGUUCAAGUACAUCCCAGUCCGCCAGGAUGAGAAGCUGGAGCUCGGGAAGCUCCUUGGCCGUGUUCCCGUGCCUGUCAAGGAAACUAUCGAUGAGCCUCACGCGAAGAUCAACGUCCUUCUGCAAGCCUACAUCUCGAGACUCAAGCUCGACGGUCUUGCUCUGAUGGCUGAUAUGGUCUACGUUACUCAGUCGGCUGGUCGUAUCAUCCGAGCGCUUUUCGAAAUUUGCUUGAAGAAGGGCUGGUCCUCCGUUGCCAAAACCGCACUCGAUCUCUGCAAAAUGGCAGAGAAGCGCAUGUGGCCUACCAUGUCUCCCCUUCGUCAAUUCUCACACUGCCCAAGAGAUGUGCUGCAGAAGGCCGAGCGAAUCGAUGUUCCCUGGAACAGCUACUUUGAUUUGGAUCCCCCCCGCAUGGGCGAGCUUCUUGGAAUGCCCAAGGCUGGUCGUGUUGUGUGUGAUCUGGUAUCCAAGUUCCCUAGACUCGAUGUUCAAGCUCAAGUGCAACCCAUCACACGGUCGAUGCUGCGGGUUGAGCUGACAAUUUCGCCAAACUUUGUCUGGGAUGACAAUGUGCACGGCGGUGCUCAAGACUUCUGGAUCUUGGUCGAAGACUGUGACGGCGAGGAAAUUCUGUUCCAUGACCGAUUCUUGCUUCGCAGUGAAUUUGCCAAGUCUGAGAUGAACGAGCAUCUCGUUGAGUUCACUGUUCCCGUCACCGAGCCGAUGCCCCCCAACUACUUCAUCUCACUGGUAUCCGACAGAUGGAUGCACUCUGAAACGAAGAUUGCACAUUGA